UAAACUGGAGAAGGCCAUAAUUGCGCAUGUAUAUGGAUGACCAUGUAGAGAAAAAAGUGGACUCACAUUAAUUCUCACUUGUGUGUUUCUGAAAACUCCAAUGGCUUUUCUUCAAUGGCUAAAGGAAAGCUUCCAACCCAUCUUCCUCUUUGCUUCCAUUUUCCUGGUUGUGUUGCUGAGGUUUUUCUUGAAGGAGAAGUCAAGAAAAGGAAAACCCAAUCUCCCACCAUGCCCUCCAAAGCUACCCAUCAUUGGUAACCUUCACCAGCUAGGCAACAUGCCGCAUCUCUCCCUCCGGCGGCUGGCAGACAAGUUUGGACCAAUCAUUUUCUUACAACUUGGUGAGAUCCCAACGGUGGUGAUCUCAUCUGCUAGACUAGCCAGGGAAGCAAUGAAAACCCAUGAUCUCGCACUAUCAAGCCGUCCGCGAAUCUUUUCAGCCAAGCACCUAUUUUAUGAUUGUACAGAUGUUGCCUUCUCCCCCUAUGGUGCUUAUUGGAGGCAUAUUCGAAAAAUAUGCAUACUUGAACUACUAAGCGUCAAAAGAGUUCAAUCGUAUAGCUUUGUUAGAGAAGAAGAAGUUGCUCGUUUGAUUCUUCGAGUUGCAGAGUCCUAUCCUGGCACCACCAAUCUUUCCAAGUUGCUUGGCCUAUAUGCAAACGACGUCCUUUGCCGGGUUGCAUUUGGAAGGGACUUCUCAGGAGGAGGAGAAUAUGAUCGCCAUGGCUUCCAAAAGAUGCUGGAAGAGUAUCAAGUAUUGCUUGGAGGAUUUAGCAUCGGAGAUUUCUUCCCUUCCAUGGAAUUUAUACACAGCUUAACAGGCAUGAAAUCAAGACUUCAGAACACAUUUCGACGCUUUGAUCAACUUUUUGACCAGCUGCUGGCUGAACAUCGCAAUCCCAAGAGAGAAAAAGAGGAGCAGAAGGACCUUGUGGAUGUGUUACUCGAUGUACAGAAGAAGGGAUCUGAUGAAAUGCCUCUCACCACGGAUAAUUUAAAGGCUAUCAUCUUGGACAUGUUUGCUGCAGGAACUGAUACAACGUUCAUCACCCUUGACUGGGGAAUGACAGAGCUCAUUAUGAACCCAAAAGUCAUGGAAAGAGCACAAGCCGAAGUACGAAGCAUCGUCGGAGAGAGAAGAGUUGUUUUAGAGAGUGAUUUGCCUCAGCUGUACUACAUGAAAGCUGUCAUCAAAGAGAUAUUUCGGUUGCAUCCCCCUGCUCCAGUAUUAGUCCCUAGAGAAUCCAUGGAAGAUGUGAACAUUGACGGGUACGACAUUCCAGCCAAGACACGUUUUUUUAUCAAUGCCUGGGCAAUAGGGAGAGACCCAGAAUCUUGGGAAAACCCGGAAAGAUUUCAGCCAGAAAGAUUUAUGGGUAGCACUAUCGACUUCAAGGGUCAGCAUUUCGAGCUUAUACCUUUUGGCGCUGGUAGAAGAAUCUGCCCAGCUAUGACAUUUGGAACAGCAAGUGUGGAGCUCGCUCUAGCUCAACUUCUCCACAGCUUUGAUUGGGAGCUUCCCCCUGGUACCACAGCUAAGGAAUUGGAUAUGACAGAAGUUUUUGGCAUCACAAUGCACAGAAUUGCUCAUCUGCUUGUCAUUGCCAAACCACGGUUCCCGUAAACAAUGCAAACAUAAUCUAAAGAGGAGAAACAGACUACACUCUGCCAGAUAGAAUGUUUGUACGACUGUUUCCGAAUUUCAUAAUUCAAAGCAUGUAGAUCAAUAGCUAUCCCAUAAAGUAUUCUGGAAUAAAAACAUCUAAUGUUUUAAUCCCAUAUAAUAAGUUUUGUGUUCGAAUGAGGUAA